AUGACCUUUGAAAGUUUAUUUACACUCAAUUUGCUUAACAGCAGACCGAAAAAAUAUUUUGUGACUUUAAUCAUCUGUUUUGUUCUUCAAGAAAAUAUUUUGAGUUUAUCUCUAAGAGCACCUUAUCAGAACAGUAUAAAAGGGGAGUAUUUAAUAGACGUGUUUAUUCCACAGUUUACAGCGUGGCGGAAAAUACAAAACAUGAUAUACAUUGACGAAGAAACAGUUCUCAGUCUCAUCAACUGGGAUAAAACCUUCAAGGCCAUGGAAGUGGCUAUGAAACGGGUGACGGAAGGUAGGGUGGUGCAAAGUGCCCGUGGGAGGACAAAAAUUUUCGACAAACCGGAUAUACUUUUGACGAUGCCCGGGUACCUGGAAGACGGAGAGUUUGGAGCUCUUGGCUGUAAAAUUGUUACAUUUUUCCCGGGAAAUGUGGAACUGAAAACACCGCUACCGUCUGUUAACGCAAAUAUUAUGCUUUUCGACGAAAAAACUGGAAUCAUCAAAGGAAUAGUGGCUGGUACUGAAAUAACAAAAUGGAGGACAGCAGCAGCUUCAGCUGUGGCAACCAAGUACAUUCAUGCAAAAAAGCUGGCUUCCAGCAAAAUUUUGGCCAUCGUAGGUGCUGGAGAGCAAGGAAAAGUUCACGCUGAGUGCUUUAAGCAUUUCUUUGACUUCCAAGAAGUUCGUAUAUGGAAUCGCACUCCAUCGAGAGCACACAGCUUGGCGGAGUAUUUGAACAAAAAAUAUAACACCAACAUUUAUAAAGUUAACGUCAGUGUCGAAGAAUGUGUGAAAGAGGCAGAUGUUAUCGUAUCCUCAACUAAUUCUUCAGUGCCAGUCCUCAUGGCAGACUGGAUCAAGGCUGGAGCACAUAUUAAUGCUGUCGGAGCUGGAAAAACUCACCACAGCGAGGUACAGGAAAAACUAUAUUUCCAAUCGGACGUUUAUAUCGACCAUUGGGAGGGCGCAAAAACGGAAUUGGCAGGACUGGAAAAAGCUGGCGUUAAGUUCAAAGGGGAAGUAGGAGGAGUCAUACGUGGAGAUAUAAAGACCGAGGACGAAAAUAAAAUUACAAUUUUCCAGAGCUUAGGUAAGACGAAUUUGAGGGGGAAAACAAUAAUUACUGACCAACUUAAUUCUUUAAGUUCUUUGAACUGUCUGUUCAAAAAAUGAGAUGAAUUUUCAUUUUUCCCAAAAAAUAAUUAUUUAAUCAUCAA